GACUUCCUUUUGUGUGACGUAAGAAGAGGUCAGGGGUCAAACUCGGUUCUGCGAUUUUUUUUGGUUUUGUUAUUAUUUCUCCAGUUUUAAAGGACAAAGAUGACGACAUUACGUGCUUUUAAUUGUGACGACCUUUUCAAAUUUAAUAACAUAAAUUUGGACCCUUUAACAGAGACUUAUGGCAUUCCCUUUUAUUUACAGUAUCUGGCACACUGGCCGGAGUAUUUCAUCGUGGCAGAGGCACCGGGUGGCGAGCUGAUGGGCUACAUCAUGGGGAAGGCCGAGGGCUCUGUGGCGCGGGAGGAGUGGCACGGCCACGUCACGGCUCUGUCAGUGGCUCCCGAGUUCAGACGGCUGGGUUUGGCUGCCAAACUCAUGGACAUGCUGGAGGAGAUCUCGGAAAGGAAAGGAGGCUUCUUCGUCGACCUCUUUGUCCGCGUCUCCAACCAAGUGGCUGUGAACAUGUACAAACAGCUGGGCUACAGCGUCUACAGAACCGUGAUCGAAUAUUACUCAGCCAGCAACGGAGAACCAGACGAAGAUGCCUACGAUAUGAGGAAGGCGUUAUCGAGAGACACAGAGAAGAAGUCCAUAAUUCCGCUCCCGCACCCUGUCCGACCUGAAGACAUAGAAUAACACUGAACAGUGGCUCUCUGACUCGCUCUCUUACCCCAUAUUGGGAAAAUAAAGAUGCAAGACCUGUCAAGUUUAGUUUACUUCUUAUCCAAUCGCAAAUUAAUUAUCAGAGGGUCACUGCUUUGUAAAUGUUAUUUAUCAAAAGCUUUACUUGUUCCACUAUUUCUGCACCAUUUUGUCCAAAAAUGAAAUAAAACACAAUAUUACCCUCA